AGGAGUACCCACUUACCUUGACUUGACCUCUUUCCAAGGCAUAUAUUUUAAUACUGACAGAAAAGCAUGCAUGAAGCCAGACAAAAACUCCAUAUUUUCAAGUUAAUGGGGGAAAAACAAAAAUCAAAGGCUUAGAAAACAAGUGUAUCAGAAACCAGUUCAGAUUAGCAAAGUCUUUAUAGGUUCCUUUCUUCUUCCCAUUUCCUGCUGCUACUGAAAGCAGAAAUGAGAGAUGUCUUCCAGCCAGCAGUGAUCAUCACUCUCCAAGUAGUAGACAGCUUAUUUAUGUGAGUUAUCUAAGAAAUCCAAAUCUUCUCCCAAAAAUUAGGUACAUCCACUGAAAAAUGUGUUAGAAGAAUCUGGAUUUACCCUUAAAAGCAACAUUGGAAAUUUUUCCUGUUGAAAUACUGGAGCUAUUUGCUUUAUCUGGCAGCUUAAUGAUUAAGAACCAUGAGAAAGGACUGUUCAAUCAGUCCUUCCCCAGAACUGGAAAAUGAAAUAGAUCACAUCUCUGGUUUUAGAGCGUUCUUUUCAAUUUCCAGGGCUCUUUUUUCAGGCAGAAUUUUACUUACAUAUUCUCUCUAAGAUUUUUAUUUUAUAUGUGGCAAAAGCAUCACAGGAUCUUCAAGUUCUCCUUUGAAAGCUGAGAUACAGCUUGUGAUUUCUUGGUGCUGAAACACAUUUGAAACUCAUCUUUAAAACUGGCAAUUUGUGCAAGGCAACAGAAGAGGUAGCAUUUAGCUUUAUUGUUCAGCAAAAUAGAAAUCCCUCUCCAUUUCAGUGAAAACUGAAAUGAAAACCUUUUAGGUUCAAUGCAGUUAUUUCUUCCUUACUGCUGUAGACUUUGUAAGCCUGUAUUUUAAUAGUAUCUGCAAAAACCCUUCAAAGAUAAAAGGCUAGAUAAGAGUUCUUUUGAUUACAAUAACUUAAAGAAAAACUAAAAAAUAUCUCUCAUAACCUACCUGGAGAAAAAAACCCUUUUUUCCCACCAUUUUACAUUUACUAAAUUAGCAGCGUAAUUUUAUUUCAAAUCUGGUAUAACUAAAAUGUCCCUCCAGGACUACAUUUAGUAGAAUUUUUUUUUCACAAAAUAAUUUCUUUUUCAUCAAUCAGGAAGUAAUUUUCUUCUGUUUGCCAGACACCUCUGGGCGAUGUCAGAAUUCAAAUCAGAAAGCGUUUUGACGGAAAGGUACAAAGUUGAAAGCCAAGAUAGAGAGCACUGUCAUUAAGACAGGUGAAGAAGGGAAACAAGACAGCACUGUCCCAUUUUUCCACCAGACGUGUUUUCCUGAGUUUAAAGGAGUGAGACCCUGAAAGCUUUUGACCGGGAAGUAAAUGCAUUUGUGGACUAUAUGUUUGGACCCCGAGAUACCAGGGUUAGAGGAUGGCUCCUUUUGGACUCUUACCUUCCCACAUUUUUCCUUACUGGAGCAUAUCUACUCUGCAUAUGGCUGGGCAACAAGUUCAUGAAGAACAGGCCUCCUUUAUCUCUCAGACCUCACCUCAUUGUGUAUAACCUGGGCAUCACGCUGCUCUCCUUCUACAUGCUGAUAGAGCUCAUCCUUGCCACGUGGGAAGGCGGCUACAACCUGCAGUGCCAGAACCUCCACAGCGCAGGGGAGGCUGAUAUCCGGGUAGCCAAGGUGCUGUGGUGGUAUUAUUUUUCCAAAGUAAUUGAAUUCAUGGACACUAUCUUCUUUGUGCUGAGAAAGAAAACCAGCCAGAUCACCUUCCUUCACGUGUAUCACCAUGCCACUAUGUUUAACAUUUGGUGGUGUGUUCUGAACUGGAUACCUUGUGGGCAGAGCUUCUUUGGACCCACUUUGAAUAGCUUUAUCCACGUGCUUAUGUAUUCUUACUAUGGACUGUCAGUCAUCCCUUCCAUGCGCAAAUAUCUCUGGUGGAAGAAAUACCUCACUCAGGCACAACUGAUCCAGUUUCUGCUCACUAUUGUGCACACACUCAGUGCAGCUGUGAAGCCAUGUGGAUUCCCAUUUGGCUGCCUCAUGUUCCAGUCCUCCUACAUGGCCACACUGGUCAUCCUGUUCAUCAACUUCUACAUUAAGACAUACCGGAAAGCACCUUCAAGAACAGCUGUAAAGGAAACCCCUGCCACAACAGAAAUCAAGAAUGGUUUCCAUAAGGACUACUUUGCUGCUGCCAAUGGAUUGCAGAAUAAUAAGAAGGCACAAUAAGUAUAGUGUUUCCUAUGAAUUUUUUUCUAAAGAGAAAAAGAAGAAAAAAGACUGAAUUACAAGCUUUAGCUUAAAACCUAUUUGAUUACAUUUAUCAGUUCUUUGUACCAGACACUUAUUAAUGUACUGCUAUUUAGGUUUUAACAAAAUGAGUAGAAUUACUUGUCUUGUCCAAGAUCAACAUCAGAACAAAGAAAGCCAAGACCUUUCUCAUAUGAAAAAGAAAACCUUUCUGAUCUCUAAUGCUGACACAAAAACGCCUUAUGAAACACUUGAUGGAUAAAUCCAUCAAUGCCUUCAAAAGGUUAGGACUCUGUUCAGACUAACAUGGUGAGCACUUUCUGUGCAUGUGAGAGGUCUUGAGGCAAGGCUUCACAGUGCACCCAGUACAUCCAGCUGAACUGCAGCCAAGGCCAGGAAAAUAAAGGAGGAGUGGCAGGAAAGGUGAGCAUUGUACCUCUUUCGUCACCAUACCCCUCUUUUCUUCUCAGCAAUUCCCCAAAGCACACUAGCAAGGUAGCUUUUGAUCCUGUGGGAGCCCUGGGGAAGGACAUGACAGAGGGCAGAGCCCAGGCACACCAUCCCAUAGUUUGCAGGCAGUUGUGGCUCCACAUUCACUUUCUUUAUACAAGUGCAACCUGAUUCAAAUGCCAGGAAGGCUGGCAGGAGCUUUCUGUUUCAGGAGGCUGGACUGGUAGCCCCUGGCGCUGCCCAGAAUGGAAUUCUGAACAUAGAGCAAAACAAGUGACUUUGGAUGUGCUAACUUAACAGAAGUUCUAGGUAAAUGGAUUUUGAAAGAAAUAGGGUCAUGCAAACUUAAGGCAGAUAAAUCCCUUGAGUGUAAAUGUGUGUAAAGUUAAUCCUAUACAAACACUGCUAAUUCAAAGCAAACCCUCAUGCUACAUAUUAAUAGACUAGAAGAUGCAGAAAAUUUGUGAGUUCAGCAAUGAGCCAAACAGGUUAUACAGGAGCUUCUGUGGUGGGUGGACCUUACUCAGACUGGUCUCUGGCUGGAGAAACAGAUGGGACUGAGGCACAAGCUGCUGGAGGGGAAGUAAGGAGAUAUCUGCUGUCUGCAGCUAUAAAGGUGCCUCCCAAUAGUCCAUCACCAUCUCUGUUGCUUCAGUUCACUGCAUUUACCCCCACUUAAAUGCUUAGAAAUUAAGAAUACCCAGGGUUAACUUCAUGAGUCUGCCCUCACCCGUUUCUCAUUUAGCCCACUUAAUUUCCUCUACUAAAAAUAGACACAGACUAUUCUUCCCUCACAGUGAAGUAGUUCCGAUCUCUUCCAUUCUUGUGUAUAAAAUUCUCUUGACAAAAACAACUUUUGGAGUCACUCCAGCCCAGCAAGUCCCUUGAACUGAAGCAGUUCUGUAAAGGAAAUAUGUCCUCUCAUUCCUGUCACCUUGCAGAGUCCCACAGCAGGAGGAGGACAAAACACAUACCUAGCCAACACAGAGGGCCCAAGCAGCCACAGAAGGCCCACAUGUAGAAGAGGCUGUCCCACAUCCUGCUGUCCAAUUUUUCUGCACUUCUAGAGGGCCAGUUAUCCCCUCCAGAUAUCCCCAUUUAGAUGAUCUGCUGUCAGGAGGUCUUGGAGACUGCAGGCAUAAAGGCAGGAGGAAGGUUUAGCCCAUGGAGCAGUAUGGACACAGGGCAGCCAGCCUCAUCAGGAGAGACCACAGCCCUGAGGGCUCAUGGAUAGGAAGGAAAGAGGCUGAGGAAGUGGUACAGUAGGGGAAGAAGAACAGAUGGGGUUGUCCAGUAAAAGCAAGAGGAGAAAAUGGCAUGAAGAAGGGUGUCUUGUGUCAGAAUUCUACUUGGCUGUGUGCUUGAAAGUCCCAUUGAAUGCCGUCUGUCUCCAGCCAGUUCCAGCUCCAUUGCACUGUGGACAAAACUUUUCUGCUCCAGCAGAAAACAGAAAUUCUCCAAGUGCUACAGCAGAAACAGCACCUCAUAGCAGCCUGACUGCCGAACUUCAUCAUCAUGAACUGGGUGACCACAAUAACUGCAAUAUUCAAACUCUUUUACACCACCACACCAGCCUAGAUCUAACUGGUGCAUAUUCACAUUUGCUCCCCUCUUCAUGAAGAUGGUCAUGAAACCUCACUUACUGAAAGUCAGUGUUUUGUUUUAUUUAACACUCAAUAAGGGGAAAAGCAGCCACACAAAAGACAAAACCCAAACAAAAAAAGCCAAGAACCCUGCAUUCACAAAGCCUGGACACUGUAUGCAUAUGCUGUUUCUCUCUGGCCCUUCCAGAAACUUUACAGGCAUUUCUGAUUGAUACUGUAAAAAUCCCAAGACGUAAGAAAUUAGUAGGUUUGACUGAGAGUGUUUUACACAGCCCUGAGUAAAGGGAGAGCUUCAGAGCUCUGUAUAAAUCAGUUUAAUACUGGAAGCCAGGGUAAAGGCAGAGGAAUUUGAAGGAGCUGACAAGACAGCGAACAAGGCAAUGAGCUGGACCCUUCAUCUAAGGCAGGCAACACAAGGGUUGUGUGGCCCAGCAUGGAUUUUAGGCCGAGUGGAGUCCAUAAUCUUUUGAUGGCAAAGCAUGCAUUUGACUAUCAAGGUGGAAAGCGUCAGCUGUGCUAAAUGUUAAAGUUUGCUAUGGCAAUCAAACCCACAGAUAUUGUCUUUUGUUCUGUUGAAACCUCAUUCAAAAGAAAAGGAAAUAAAUGCCUUACUUGAAAAUUCAAAGGGCUGGGGAAAAAAAAAAAAAAAAAAAAAAAAAAAAAAAAAGGUAAAAACCAGAUGGUCUCAGACCUUGCAGAUCCAGAUCAGCCAGGAUGGCUGGAAUCAGGUAUGUUUAAAAUUCUUCAGAUACGUCUUAACAUCUUCAAAAUGCCGCAACUUUGAAGAAAGAGAAGCAUUGACUUUUUAAACUGAUUUUCCUGUAAUACAUAACACUGUAAAUAAACAAAUUUUACUAUCAGAC